AUGAAUCAAAAUUUUAAUUUAGGUUUCUUCUAUCCUAUAUUUUCCUUUUUAUUUGCUAAGGAAGUCUUCAAAAAGGUAUAUUUAUUCACUAUUCAAGGAAUGGUUAAAUAUUCUUUUUUGGAUAUUAAUGUAUAUAGGAACCUCUGUGAUGAUUACUUUAUAUUCGGCUGAAUAUUAUGCUACAAUUCUCUAAACAGAUAAUUUAAUCGAAUAGUGA